AACCAUAAUAAAACUUAAUUAAUUGAUUGGUUCUUAGUAUUGCAGUACACAAUAUUUCUGGUUUGUUUUGUGAACCACUAUAUAAAAAAGCUCCGAGUUCUAAUUGUUGCACACACGAGUGUAAGCCAGUACCUGGAGCUUGUAGUUAUCUCAAGAUCUUAGAGAGGACAAGGUUACAGAUCCCCCCUCCAACCCCAACCCGGAGCUGGAACUCUACAGUCCACACUCAACCCUCCAGUACACCUGCUGAACCACAAGUAAAAGAAAAAACAAAAACAAAGACUUUUAAAGAUAAGAUACCUUAACAAAAAUGUGACAGCAAAUUAUUUUCGGAACCUGAGAAAGAAAUGGAGGACAUAGAUAACUCAAGAAUAUAUCCUCCAAGCCAUUUUAGAAACAAAAAUUUUACAAAUAGUGUUAAAAAUGGGAUAAGAAGUCGGAACAAACACGAGAUUGAAUGUUAAGAAAUGGGAUAACUAUAAGCUAAGAAUGUGGGAUGAGCUCGCCGGUUGGAUUUUAUCUUCUCCCGAAGGAUUCAUCUGAACCCGAGCCUCCUCCACAGUUGGCGCCAAGGUUUCUACAUUCUCGCCUUUCGAUAAUUCGCGAGGCGAGUGAAGAAUCAUCCAGAGCCUCCUCUCCGACACUCUCCAGGUACAGAUCUGGAUCGGAGCGGAGUACACCGGAGCAGUCGCCACGUCGUCGUUCCUUAAGCAGAAGCUCCUCUCCACUCAGGGAAGAUAUUCGGACAUCCAAAUCUCCGGGAAGACGAGAAAAUCGGAACAGAAAUUUCCAGCAUAACAGCACAGGAAACUACUCUACGGAGACGGAUGAAUCAGAGGAGAGAAUUUCGAUGUACAAAGAUGACAACAGGGUUGGGAGGAGACAGAAGAGCAUAGUUGUAGAUGAUAGGGAAUUAACUUCUAAGGAUUAUACUCGGGAGAAGGUUUAUCCUAUACCGGUCAACUCAGCUAGAAGAGAGACAGAGGAUAGAAUAUAUUUAGCCAGAACUACAAAAGAUUUGAAAAAACGAAGAAAACCUAGUAAAUCAAGCAGAAAGCGAAGUGAAGGCGUGAAGCUGCCGUCCAUAUCACGGUCAAACUCGCCGGCUUUCCGGUCAAACUCCCGCCUUGGAUCCAGACCGGGGACGGCGGAGUUCCGCUCCGCCUCUCCUGUAUUCCGGUCUAGUUCUCCGGGUCCCGGGGAUAUUCAUCAUAUGAGGAUACAUGCCGGUAUCCUGGUCAACACUGGGAAUCAGAGAACUGAUAUAUCCACCAGGAUGUACGAAGAAGACGACCCCGAUUUCUGUAACCACGCUCAGGCUAGGAUCUGUAGAAACCUAAAGUACAACCUGGAGCAGCUCCGGAUACGAUCAGACCGGGAUACCUACCUAACCAUGAUCGAGAGGAUUCUUGUAGGUCCAAACAAUAUCCGGGCAACCGAGGCAGAUUUACUUCUCGGGAUUAACUCCGACUUAUACAACAAGUUCCGGAGUAAACGGAGGGAUAUAAUUGAGUCCGGAGAAAGACCAAGUUGGAAGGAAGCUGAAGCUCAGGGUUAUGUGGAGUUUAUUGGUGGAGAGAAACACUCCCCACUCUCUCCCAGGAGAGAGAAAACAUUCCACUUUGCUGAUAGAAUGCCACGACUAACCGCUAGGGAGGAACAGGAACAGAGAAGACGAGCGGAGACUGCUACGCGGGGUCGACGGAAAACAACGUGGGCUCUUCCUGAUCUUAGACAACAAUUUGAGAUAUUUUCCAGAUGGGGAGACUCAAGAUCCGACGGAUCCCAGAUAACCCUGACACAGUCGGACAAAUGGCUGCGCCAGGCCGGCGUUAUUGACGGCUGGUUAGUUACAACUACAGACACCGCCAUCUUUUUCCGUAAGUUCUCACGUGGCUCUAUCUGGUUGGAGUACAACGACUGGAGAUCAUUCCUUGAAGAGUUGGCGGGAAAAAAAGGGUUGGAUAUGAGAGAGGUGAUUGAUAAACUGGAAUUAUGCGGGAAACCAAGGGUUUCCAAACCUAUGACAAUGUGAUGGAAUCCACAGUAAUGUAAAACUGUACAGUGGUCCCUAAAAUAAUUUCGAAUACAAUGACGGUUACUAGACCACAGAUAUUGUGUGGUAUAGUUUAAUAAACUUAAAUUAGAUAUAAUCUAUACAAUGUGCAAACCAAUUUCGUUUCAUACUCAGAGAUAAAAAAGCGAAAUAAAAAUUUGGUAUUUUUAAAGUUUCUUAAAGGGACUGUAUAAACGUAAUUUAAAGUGAUUCUCCUUUUGUUAGAAUGGCAUAUUCUACUCACGACGGUAAUAUUAAAAGCUUUGACUGAGACACCAAUCAUCCACUGUUUUAAAAUUCACUUUCUCGAUGCAGUUUCUUCAUUAAGAGACUUGUGUAUUUCUGCUGAAGAAACAAUGGAGGAAAAUGUCAGAACUAAACAUUUGUCUUCCCCAUUAUUAAUCAGAUAAAGGUUUACAGCGUUACAAUUGUCAAUCGGGCAUUCCUCACUUUGAUUAAAGGGUUAGAUGAAAUGGCGUCUACAGUUCCUUUAAGAAACGUUGA